AUGCCGCUACCACAGACCGAGCCCUGUCUCGAAGGAGGCACAACUGCAAACGAUGAAGCCAGAAUCCGUCGCAUCGUUCGAAAGGUUGACUGGCGUUUGAUUCCGAUCUUGUUCUUUACAUACAUGUUGAAUUUCAUGGACAAGACGAUUUUGUCUAGUGCGUCUGUAUUCGGAUUAAUUGAUGAUACUCACCUCGUCGGCCAACAAUACAGCUGGGUAUCCAGUAUCUUCUACUUUGGUUACUUCUUCUGGGAAUACCCCACCAACGUUCUCAUUGCCCGUCUCCCCGUCGCCAAAUACCUCGCCUUCACCACUUUCCUUUGGGGAAUCGUAGUCGCCGUAACAGCAGCAUGCGUAAAUUACGGCGGCUUGUUGGCCGUGCGUUUCCUUCUCGGUGUCGCUGAGGCUACUAUAACCCCGGCCUUCAUGUUCAUUACCACCACAUGGUAUACCCGUGACGAGAUUCCCGUGCGGACAGGGAUAUGGUUCGCCGGAAAUUCCAUCGGAGGCCUUGUUGCUAGUCUUUUGGCCUAUGGAGUCGGUCAUAUCCAUCACCCGCUCCAUCCAUGGAUGUGGAUGUUCAUUAUUCUCGGCGUAUUGACUUUUCUAUGGGGAUUCGUGCUCCUCGCUUUCUUGCCGGAUAGCAUCUCCAACGCCCGGUUCUUGAACGAAGACGAGAAAGAGAUCAUGACAAAACGGGCUAUUAUCAAGGGUACCGGACGCACGGAACAAGUCUCCUGGCGCUGGGAUCAGACUGUUGAAUGUCUGAUGGAUCCCAAGUCGUGGAUUAUCUUCUGCAUCACGAUCUUAACUCAGAUUCCCAACGGAGGAACACAGAAUUUCGCGAAUCUGGUUAUCAAGUCCUUUGGUUUUACCUCAUUGGAAUCAACACUCAUCAAUAUACCCGCUAGUGUAGUCAGCGCACUAUCAAUCUCGGUGACGGGCUGGUUAGCAGGACGAUAUUCGCGUCUGAACAAUAUCCUGAUAAUCUGCGUUGUCGCUCUGGCCGUUACAGGUAGCGCAAUCAUAUACUCGCGCAGACACAUCCCUCACAAGGGGGCACCAUUAUUCGGAUUCUUCCUUAUCGAAACCGGGCCCGCCAUUUUACCUCUCGUCAUGUCCCUCGUGCAAGCAAACUACAAGGGCGUCACAAAGAAACAAACCAUGACAGCGAUGAUGUUUAUCGCUUAUUGCGCGGGUAACAUUGCCGGACCGCAGUUUUUCAGAACCAAAGAGGCGCCUGUUUAUAACACGGCGUUUAAGGCGAUUUUGAUUUGUUAUGUGCUUGCGGCGGCAUUGGCGGCGGCAUUGAGGGUGUAUUUGAGUUGGCUUAAUAAGAAGAGAGAUAGGGAGGAGGGUGUUGUUUCUGGUGCUGAGACAGGUGAUGAACCUGUGAAGGUGCCAGGGAAGGAUGUGGAUGCCAUGGUUAUGGAUAUUACGUUGCAGGCGGAGGAUUAUGAUGAUGUUACGGAUUGGAAGACGGUGGGAUUCAGAUAUCGUCUAUAG